AAUUUAAAGAAGAUCAAGAAAGGAAGAGAGGACUUUGAUUAAUUUUCAUGACUUGCUGAAUUCUUUGGAUACCCAGCAAGGGACUGACAAGUGAAAACAUGUGGAGAUUAAAAUUGAAAGGUAUCAAAAUUGUCCAAUCUAACUCUACUGCUAACAAUGCAAGUGGAUGUGAUGUUGGUGGUGCUACAACAUCUAACACUUGCGGCAGUAAUCCAUCAAACCAUGUUGGUUCUACAAGGUCUGCUCCAUUACCUAGUGUUACUCCACAUAGCUCUAUUCCGUCAUCCUCAGAUGAUUCAAACCUUAAUGAUCAAGUUGCAACCAGUAAUACAUGCACAAGAUUAGAUAAUCUUCAGCCAAUCAAUGAAGCCAGUGAAUUAAAUUCAGUUGAUAAUCAAGGACAACAAAGAAAAAGGGAUCGAACCACUAUAAAAGAGUUAUGGACAUUACCUUCUCAAGAAAGGAUUUUAGUGAGUUCCAAUCAAUUAGGACAACCAGUUGGACCCAAAGCACAAUUAUUGGCUGCAUUUCUAGGUAUGCUUGCUCGAUCAGGCCAACAUAUUGGCCUCCAAUAUGAGAGUUGGCAUAAAGUACCAAAAACAUUGAAGGAUGAAUUAUUUAAAUUUAUUGAGUUAAGAUUUUCCCUUCAAAUUUCAAGAGAGUAUGUACUCAAAUCUUUGGGGAAGAAAUGGAGGGAUUAUAAGCAUGAUUUGAAAACAAAACAUUUCAAACGAGAAGAAAGCCUACAGGCAAACAAGGACAAACAUCCAAGUGCUACUAUUCGAUGGCAAUGGGAACAAUUAGUUGACUUUUGGUAUUCAAAGAAAGGAGAGUUGGCGUAAAUAUUUUGCUUAUUUCAAUGAAAGUAUCUUAUCUUUGUUAUUUAUAAUUUAAAAUGCAUGUCAUAUGCAGGAUUCUAAAAAACUUGGGGUUGCUAGUAGAAAUCAACAAAAAUAUACACACACUUGUGGAUCGAAGAGUUUCUCAAGAAAGGAAAAAGAAAUGGAGGUUACCACAGGAAAAAAAAAGUAGGUCGCCUUGAACUGUUUAGAGCAACCCAUACUAAGAAGGAUGGGUCUCACAUGAAUGAGGAAACCAGACAAAUUAUGGAGUCAGCCAAUGAGAAGUUAGUUGGAUAUCAAA